AUGGUGACGAGACUGGAUGAUGUGUGGCCGUUGAUCCGAUUCUGGGCGUUACUGAAGUUCCGACCAGAAUGGUAUUUGGGCUUGGCCGCUUCGGUGGAGCGUUACGAGGAGGUUUGGGAGUAUCUAGAAAGGAACCCCGUGAAUUGGGAAAGUUUGGCUACGGAAUUAAUUAGAUUGAAGAGAUUGGAUGUCAUGGAAUCCUUCCUUGGUCAUUGUCGUUACGGACCUUGCGUGCUUGACGGUUUGUUGGGUUCUGGUUGUAGUUUACUAAUUCGGUUGAUCAACGAUGCCGAUUUGCGAACCCUGGAGUGCAUCUUGAGGUGCGCAAAGACUUACUACGACGGCGAUUUUAUGAGCAAGUUCUCUUAUGUGGUUCUCCGAACUGUCUCUAGAGGCUUGACGGACGUCUGGAAUCUCUUUUACGAAGCGGGAUUCCAUCCCAUUACGGCGGAUGAUGACUACCUUUCUCCACUCGCAGUAGCUUGCCGCACGCAGCAAUGGCCCUUAGUGUCAGUGAUGCUACGCCAGCAACAUGCGAUCAUGUGCAACUUAGGGAAGGUCCUUCUCCCGGACCGGGACCUUCCGGCGACGGAGUGCCCCCCUGUAGUGGGAGAGCGCACUAUCACAGGGAGAGAACUGCAAUUGGAAGACAAGACUUGGCACUCGGUGUUGUCUAGUGGUCGCUACGACUUGUGGAGUCAGAUGGUGAGAGUUGGUCUUCGACCCCCAGGUCUGAUGCGGUGGAAUGGCGACUCCGGCAAGUCGUGGUUGAUGAUGGCUGUGGAGUCCUGCGACGCUUCCGCAGUCCGAUUUGUCUUGGGGCAUUACCCGCUGGAGUUGCACUGGGUCAAUUCGGACGGUGAGAACGUGAGCCAUUAUGCGGUUCGUUCCUACCCCCGCAUUAGUCUGGAUGUCCUCGAAUUGCUGCUGGACAGCUUAGUGGACUUCGGACAGCCGGACAACCAGAACAGGACAGGACUGUUUAAAAUCAUGGAUGGGGGUUACCCCUCCGUUUCGGCUCCCCCUACUCCCCGGGAAUCGGGUCCUUCUACCCCCUCGACCUGCACACCCUCGACUUCCCUACCCUCCGCCGCUGCGAAGGCCCGGCGCUGUGUUGAUGGUCAUUCUACAUGUGACUGCGACUCGCGUCACGACUGCCACCACCGUGCACUGAUUAAGAAGGUCAUACAAGUUUCUUCUGUGCACGUACCUUCCUUCUUCAAGGCGUGCAUUUUCCACCCGCGGGAAGUCAUUCAGACCUUCUUGGACCGCGGGUACCCGGUGCUCUACACGGACGCGGAGGGCUACUCGUGUCUGUGGCAUAGCGCCAGACACGGGCGGUAUGAGAUCACACGUCUUUUGCUGGAGACGGCCAAAGCGGAGAUCUUCGCCGGCAAGCAGGACUGCUCUGCUCAGGGCAGAAAUAACAAUGAGAGCAGCAACGAGACUCCUGAGUGCAAUAAUCGGUUGGCUGAGAUCUUGACUGCGAAGACCGUCAGCGGGAAGAGCGCUCUAGCGGCUUGCGCCAAUGAGACCAUUCUCCAGCUCCUGCUAGAGUAUGCUGCUCCGCGAGAGACGGCGUCCAGCGAAGGAAAUUAG